AUGGCGGCGGCGGCGGCAGCAGCGGCGACUGGCGGCCUACGCUGGGUGCUCGCCGCGCUGUGCUUGGGCUGCGCCGCUGGGGGGGACGCGUCCGGCCCGCGGGUGCUGGGCUUCUGCUUGGAAGAGGACGGAGACGGGGCGGAGGGUCCAGUGUGGGCCCGGGGCCGGGUGGUCCGGGCCGCGCCCGGGGCCGCCUUCCGCUUGCGGCUCUUCGGCUCCGGCUUCGCCAACCGCUCGUGGCCCUGGGUGGCCUUCGCUCCCGCGGGCGCGGGCUGCCCGGAGGGGGGAGCGGAGUCGGAGGCGGGGGGCGCGCACGGGGGCGGGGGCGCGGGCGCGCCCCUGAGCGUGAACCCCGAGGCCGUGCGGCCUCACUCGGCGUUGCUCGCGGUGCGCGUGGAGCCCGGCGGGCCCGCGGGAGGCGCGCGCUACCGCUUGUGCAGCCGCGGGGGGCCCCACGGGAGCUGGACGCCCGCGGCCGAGGGGGACUCGCUCGCCGUUGAGGAGGCGCCCUUGCUGCCCUGGGCGCUGGGCCUGCUGGCGGCCGCGCUGCUGGGCCUGGCGGCACUGGCCCGGGGGCUGCAGCUCAGCGCCCUGGCCCUGGAGCCGGCCGAGGUGCAGGUGCUGCGCGAGAGCGGCUCGGAGGCGGAGCGGGCGGCAGCGCAGCGCCUGGAGCCCCUGCGGCGCUGGGGUAGCUUCGCCCUGUGCGCGCUGCUGCUGGUGGCCAGUCUGGCCCAGGCCGCGCUCGCCGUGCUUCUCUAUCGCGCUGUGGGCCAAAGAGCUGUGCCUGCCGUGCUGGGCAGCGCGGGCCUCGUCUACCUGGUGGGCGAGGUGGCGCCCGCAGCCGUCAGCGGCCGCUGGGGUCUGAGCCUGGCCCCGCGCGCCCUGGGGCUCACCCGCCUGGCCGUCCUGCUCACUUUCCCCGUGGCCUUGCCCGUGGGCAAGCUCCUGGAGCUGGCCCUGCGCCCGGAAGGCGGGCGGCUGCGGGAGCGCGUAGUGGAUCUGGCCCGGGGCGCUGACCCCUACAACGAGUUCGUGAGGGAGGAGUUCAGCAAGGGGGCUCUGCGGUGCAAAACGGUGGAGGACGUGCUCACGCCGUUGAAGGACUGUUUCAUGCUGGACUCUUCGGCCGUGCUGGACUUCAGCGUCAUGUCCACCAUCAUGCAGAGCGGCUACACCCGCAUCCCAGUGUACGAGGAAGAACGCUCCAACAUCGUGGACAUGCUCUACCUCAAGGACUUAGCCUUCGUGGACCCGGAGGACUGCACCCCGCUCAGCACCAUCAUCCGAUUCUACAAUCACCCACUCCACUUUGUCUUCAAUGACACUAAGCUGGAUGCUGUCCUGGAGGAAUUCAAACGAGGGAAGUCGCAUCUGGCCAUUGUACAGAAGGUGAACAAUGAAGGCGAGGGCGACCCUUUCUAUGAGGUUAUGGGUCUUGUCACACUGGAAGAUGUCAUUGAGGAGAUAAUUAAGUCAGAGAUCCUGGAUGAAUCUGAUGACUAUGGAGAAAACAAGGUGAAGAAGAAACCUACUUCUCUGAGCACCCCCAUAGAGAGAAAGAAGGAGGAGUUCUCCUUGUUCAAAGGGUCUGACAAUGAGCACAAAGUGAAGAUCUCCCCCCAGCUGCUCCUGGCCACCCAGCGUUUUCUCUCCCGAGAGGUGGACUUAUUUAGCCCACUACGAAUCUCAGAGAAGGUCCUGCUACACCUGCUGAAGCAUCCCAGUGUCAACCAGGAAGUGAAGUUUGAUGAAUGCAAUCGACUGGCUGCAGACCAUUACCUGUACCAGCGUAAUCAGCCAGUUAACUACUUCAUUCUCAUCCUGCAGGGCAGGGUUGAGGUGGAGAUUGGGAAGGAGGGCCUCAAGUUUGAAAAUGGAGCUUUCACUUACUAUGGUGUGUCUGCCCUGUCAGUGCCAUCUUCAGUUCAUCAGUCCCCAGUGUCUUCAAUUCGGCCCAGCCGACGUGACCUGCAGUCCGAGCCAGCAGAGAGUACCCACUACUCUUCUACGUAUUGUCCUGACUACACCGUGAGGGCCCUCUCUGACCUGCAGUUCAUUAAGGUAACUCGACUGCAGUACCUCAAUGCACUCAUGGCAUCACGUGCCCAGAAUUCCCCACAGUCUCCUGAGAACCUAGACCUCCGAAUUGUCCCCAACAGCCAGACCAAACUACUCAAUGACAAGAUUGCUGCAGCGGCAGGGACAGCCAACAGCAGACCGAACUCCCCUACAGAAGAGAGUCUUGGGAGGAACACGAGAGUUUAACUUCUUGCCAUGCAGCCCCAGAACUGGGGAUGGACAAGCAAGUGGGGAGCUUGAGUGAGCCCAGGAGUAGCUUCAUGCCAACCUGUCCCCUCCCUUUCUGGCCACGUUUUAGGUGGCUUUUAGAGACAUGGGCUCUGGGCCUAAUGCCAGUGUUAGGAGCCUGCUGCAGAUAAGAAACCUGCCUCUUUUAUGGGGAUGGGAAUCAGCUGUAGCAUCAUUCUCCAGACCCUGCUCCUGGUACAGGAGUCAACUGGGAAUUAAAAGCCCAUCAUCUCGGAAUCCCAAGGUGCCCUUUGCCCCUCUUUUACCUCCCCCCUCAAUGGGGAUACUUCAUAGCCUUAAGGCUGUGAUAGUGGAGUAUUACUUACUAUACGAAUGCAGAAAUUAUACUCUUUUAAUAUGUGGCUGUGACCUGCAUUCACCUUGUUUUAAUUUGCCAAGUACCUGCUGUUGGCAGCACUUUGAGAGUGAGCCAAGAACACUGCGGUCUCUGCCCAAGGCUCUGAUCCAGAGGCUUUGUCUGUGGCAGGAAGCUCUGGCCUGCAAGGCAGUUCCCUUCUUCACAGUGCCACACUUUUAUCUUCCCCUUUUAUGUCUUUCAUGUGCCAAACCCUAAGUACUAUAGUGGCAGGUGCACAGCCUGUCUGUUCCCCAAAACUCCUCCUGUGGAGGCUGUUGUUUGUCCAAAUAAAAAGAGCAACCUGUUCCCACCCCCAGCUCUCUCUGAACUAAGGGUUCAGGUCACUCCUGCCUCUGUCCACCCCAAGCUGUACUUCCCUUCCUGACUGGGCCUUGCUGUUUUAAAUUAUUAGAGGUGGUCCUUCAUGCUACUCAUGCUACCCAGGUGAAUGGCCCAGGUUUCUCCCUUCCUCUAACCCCAAGGCUAGUUGCUACUAAUAGUAUCCUGGUUAUUUUUUUGAGGUCACACAUGGAGUGAAGGAAGGUGUGUGCUACUAUUUGAAUCUAACCUUACUGUGAUCCCGGAUCAUUGUUUAUAACAACCUGCUGGCUCUGUUGUACCCAGUUUUACACCUUCAUUUACUCCUAAUGGUCCUAUAUACAGUGUAACUAACUAAUGUGACUGAUAUCCUUGGAAAGCUGGCAUAUAGAAAAGAGAACUUUCUGAACUGUAGGCUCCCCUUCUCAAGAAAGGUAGAUUCUGAAUUCCUGAUUUUAGGUGUAGGGUUUGGGAGAAGAGAGGGUUGGUUAUUCCUUUUCUUCACACUGGAGUGUCCCUUAAGCUAACUGUUUGCCAUUACAUGAAUAAUGGAAGACUUGAGAACAGAAAUCACUGCCUAAAAGCCAAAAGUUAGAGACCUAGUUUAGAAGAAGUUGGUCCCUUUCUAUACUGUCAGGGGAAUCUGAGGUCCUUUAACUGAUUUGCCUUUUUCGUGGGUAGUCUUUUCAUCCGGAAUGAGCUACCAAAAAGGUAGGGCUGCGUGGGUAAUUAACUCAGCUGAAGCUAGUAAAAGGAGAAAAAUGAUUUAGCAUUUAAUCUUUUCUAAGAGAGAAGAGUCUUUAACAGUCACCUGUUGAGUUCAGUCUCAAACCUGGAGCAGGGGCACCCUGCACCAUGAGUGAUAUCACUCUCUCCCUCCCCCACUAAGUGCUACUGGUAAGUGGUGAAAUUCUAAGCUUAGGUUGGCAAUUUUACGAAGUAAUACAUGGGUUGAAAUUUGCAACAAGCUA